AAUCUUUUUCUUUUUUCCUUUUUUGAAUUUGUGUACUGAUUUUUUUCAAUUCUUACCAAAUACAAACGAAGUUUCAUUCUUUUGUUCUUUCUGUGUCUCUACUAUAUUGGCUUAAAGCUCAAAUGUUUGUAUUUUUUGCUGUGGAACUAGCUACUUGAUCCCCAAUUGUGCCGACCCUUGUUGUGUUUGAACACAAGUGUUGUCUUGUCUGAAAAGUGUGAUACUAAAACAAGGGUGCCGAGCUUAGAGAUAUGCCAAGUCAACCUUUUUUUUUGGCUCUGUGUUUUCUUCUUUUUAACUUUAGUACUUACAGGCCCGCUGCUUCUAGAUCAUAUAUAUGACGAUGAUGAUGUCGGUUCUUUUGACCAUUUGUGUUGAGCCACUCCGGCUGCGUCACUAUAAUUGAAGCUACUAGGUUUUUUGGUCAUUAAUCUGUGUUGUUGUUGUGCAGUUGGGUAUUGGGGUUGUGAGAGUUUUGGGCCAUGGCAGUAGAGAAUGACCAAGAGGCCAGCUCGUCCAAAACCCAGAUAGAAGAAGAGACAGCUCUGCACUCUACCAAGAGUGAUAAGAAUAAUAAUGAAGAAAAGGAACAGGAGUCAGGGAAGAGUAAAGUACCAGAUGAGAAAAUUCCUUUUCACAAGCUCUUCUCCUUUGCAGAUAGCACUGAUAUCUUAUUGAUGAUUGCCGGCACUUUGGGUGCCAUUGGUAACGGAUUAGGUCUGCCAGUUAUGACCAUACUAUUCGGAGAGAUGAUCAACUCCUUUGGGAACAACCAAACCAACACAGAUGUUGUUAAAAUUGUUUCUAAGGUCUGUCUAAAAUUUGUGUACUUGGGUGUGGGGACUCUUGUGGCUGCAUUUUUCCAGGUGGCUUGCUGGAUGGUCACAGGAGAAAGACAAGCUGCAAGAAUUAGAAAUUUAUAUUUGAAAACCAUACUUAGACAAGAUGUUGCUUUCUUUGAUAAAGAAACUAACACAGGAGAGGUCGUGGGAAGAAUGUCAGGUGACACUGUUCUCAUACAAGACGCCAUGGGAGAGAAGGUUGGAAAAUUUAUUCAACUGGUAUCCACAUUCAUUGGUGGCUUCGUAAUAGCUUUCUUCAAAGGCUGGCUUCUCACCCUUGUUAUGAUGACCUCUAUUCCUCUUAUGGUUGCAGCCGGUGCAGUUAUGGCUGUAAUCAUAAGCAAGAUGGCGUCUCGAGGACAAACUGCCUAUGCAAAAGCAGCAAAUGUAGUUGAACAGACCAUUGGUUCUAUCAGAACUGUUGCAUCAUUCACUGGGGAGAAACAAGCAAUAAUAAACUACAACAAGUUUCUCGUUAGCGCUUACAAAUCUGGUGUCUAUGAAGGCACAGCCGCUGGACUUGGUCUUGGUCUGGUUAUGUUUGUCAUCUUUGGCAGCUAUGCUCUAGCAGUAUGGUUUGGAGUAAAGAUGAUAAGGGAAAAAGGAUACAACGGUGGUGAUGUUUUGAAUGUCAUCGUUGCUGUUUUGACUGGAUCUAUGUCCCUGGGGCAGGCAUCUCCUUGCAUGAGUGCAUUUGCAGCUGGUCAAGCUGCAGCAUUUAAGAUGUUUGAGACCAUUAGUAGGAAGCCAGAAAUUGAUUCAUAUGACACUAAAGGGAAGGUUUUGGAUGAUAUUCGUGGAGAUAUAGAGUUGAGAGAUGUUUACUUUAGCUAUCCAGCUAGACCAGAUGAACAAAUCUUCAAUGGAUUCUCACUUGACAUUCCCAGUGGCACCACAACAGCUUUGGUCGGCCAAAGUGGAAGUGGGAAGUCUACUGUGAUAAGUCUCAUUGAGAGAUUCUAUGAUCCUCAUGCUGGUGAAGUUUUGAUUGAUGGCGUCAACUUGAAGGAGUUUCAGCUUAAAUGGAUUCGUCAGAAGAUUGGUCUUGUCAGUCAGGAACCUGUUUUAUUUGCUGCUAGCAUCAGGGAGAAUAUUGCCUAUGGAAAGGAAGAUGCAACUACUGAAGACAUAAAAGCUGCAACUGAACUUGCAAAUGCUGCUAAGUUCAUUGAUAAGUUGCCUCAGGGACUUGAUACCAUGGUUGGUGAACAUGGGACUCAACUCUCCGGUGGUCAAAAACAAAGGGUUGCUAUAGCAAGGGCAAUUCUGAAAGACCCUCGAAUUCUACUUUUAGAUGAAGCAACAAGUGCACUUGAUGCAGAAUCUGAAAGGGUAGUGCAAGAAGCAUUGGACAGAAUCAUGGUUAACCGAACCACUGUGGUGGUUGCUCAUCGUUUGAGCACUGUGAGGAAUGCUGAUUCGAUUGCUGUCAUUCAUAGAGGAAAGAUGGUUGAGAAAGGCUCACACAAUGAGUUAGUCAAAGAUCCUGAAGGAGCUUACAGUCAACUUAUACGCUUACAAGAAGUGAACAAGGAAUCAGAACAAGUACGUGAUCAAAACAAAACUGAAAUUACUCCAGAAUCUUUCAGACAGUCAAGUCAAAGAGGGUCAAUGAAGCGAUCUCUAAGUCGAGGAUCAUCAAUAGGAAAUAGCAGUCGCCAUUCAUUUUCAGUCUCAUUUGGUUUACCUACUGGCAUCCAUGACACUACAAUGACAGAUACAGAGGCCCCUGUAGAAGCAUCAGAAUCCACUCCAAGUGUCCCACUCAGCCGCCUUGCUGCUCUUAACAAGCCAGAGAUACCUGUUAUUCUCAUAGGAACUAUAGCCGCCAUCAUUAAUGGUGUUUUGCUUCCACUUUUUGGGGUGCUUAUUUCUAGUAUGAUAAAGGUAUUCUAUGAAAAAUCUCACAAGCAAAAGAAGGAUUCCGAGUUUUGGGCAUUGAUGUUUUUGCUUCUUGGUGUUAUAUCGUUACUCGCAAUUCCAGCACGUGGUUACUUCUUUGCUGUAGCUGGAAGCAAGUUAAUUCAACGCAUAAGAGUUCUGUGUUUUGAGAAAGUGGUUAACAUGGAAGUAGGAUGGUUCGAUGAGCCAGAGAACUCGAGUGGUGCAGUUGGGGCUAGGCUGUCUGCUGAUGCAUCGAUGGUGCGUGCCUUAGUUGGGGAUGCACUCGGGCAGCUGGUUCAGAACAUUGCAUCUGCUGUUGCUGGUUUGCUAAUUGCUUUUCUGGCAAGUUGGGAGUUGGCACUUAUCAUUCUAGUCUUGCUUCCUUUGAUAGGAGUUAAUGGAUACAUUCAAGCAAAGUUCAUGAAAGGAUUCAGUGCAGAUGCAAAGGUGAUGUAUGAGGAAGCAAGUCAAGUAGCUAAUGAUGCAGUGGGGAGCAUAAGAACUGUUGCUUCUUUCUGUGCUGAAGAGAAAGUGAUGGAUUUGUACAAAAAGAAAUGUGAGGGCCCUAUGAUGACAGGGAUACGGCAAGGUGUGAUCAGUGGUUUAGGAUUUGGGGUGUCAUUCUUUCUACUAUUUUGUGUCUAUGCAACGAGUUUCUACGCUGGAGCCAGACUUGUUGAGUCUAAAAAAAUUACAUUUUCAGACGUUUUCAAGGUUUUCUUUGCUUUGACAAUGGCUGCAGUGGGAAUUUCUCAAUCAAGCUCCUUUGCUCCUGAUUCAAGUAAAGCUAAGGUUGCUGCAGCUUCUAUAUUCUCCAUAAUAGACCGCAAGUCACAGAUAGACCCGAGUGAUGAGUCUGGGGAGACCAUAGAUGAUGUGAAGGGAGAAAUUCAUCUGCGCCAUGUGAGCUUUAAGUAUCCAUUAAGGCCAGAUAUUCAAAUCUUCAAAGACCUCAGUUUAACUAUUCAUUCUGGCAAGACGGUUGCCUUGGUUGGAGAAAGCGGGAGUGGGAAAUCGACAGUUAUAGCUUUGUUGCAGAGGUUUUAUGAUCCUGACUCAGGACACAUAACAUUGGAUGGAGUUGAACUUCAGAGAUUGAAAUUGAAAUGGUUGAGGCAGCAGAUGGGAUUAGUGAGCCAAGAGCCUGUUCUGUUCAAUGACACCAUUCGCGCUAACAUAGCUUAUGGGAAGGAAGGCGAAGCCAGUGAAGCUGAGAUUUUAGCAGCCUCAGAAUUGGCCAAUGCCCACAAGUUCAUUAGUAGCUUACAUCAGGGUUAUGAUACGGUUGUUGGAGAAAGAGGAGUGCAACUGUCUGGAGGACAAAAACAAAGGGUAGCCAUAGCAAGAGCAAUAGCAAAGAGUCCAAAGAUAUUGCUAUUGGACGAGGCAACAAGUGCGCUUGAUGCAGAGUCAGAAAAGGUGGUGCAAGACGCACUUGAUAGAGUGAUGGUGAACAGGACAACAGUGGUGGUGGCUCAUAGGCUGUCCACCAUCAAGAACGCCGACGUGAUUGCCGUCGUUAAGAAUGGAGUGAUUGUGGAGAAAGGGAAGCAUGACACUCUCAUUAGCAUCCACGACGGUGUUUAUGCUUCCUUAGUUGCACUUCACAUGAGCGCUAAGACUGUUUAAAACAUUAGUUUUUUAUUAUUUAUUUUUCGUGUUUAAUAUAUUUCAUAUAUGUUAUACAUAAUACAAAUCAAUUUUCAACAAUAUAUCGUACCAAAAAGAAAAAGAAGUGAAAUCUUCUUAAGUAGUCGGGUUGUUUAUAAGUGUAAUCUUAUUGUUCAAUCAAUCAAAGACGGUGUUAUGUUUUGUAUCACAAUACAAGUCACUAUGAGCUCA